GGUUAGUCACCCGCCCAAUCAUCCUUGGUUGUCACAUGGGAGCUCAUCUCGGGAGCUCCAUAUUGCGACCUUUGUGGCAACCGUCGCAACUUCAACGGGCUUCCUAUCAGCGCCAUAACGAAACCGUCACCACCUUCUUCUUGGAACUUGACGCACGCCACCGCAAUGAAUGGCCAUUUUGCAGCUGUCGGCGAAGGGCCGACAGCUCGGGACUAUGAGCACGGCAUACAGGUGAUCGACGAAGAAAAAGAAUUUAACUCGAACCUCAAUGCCUACCUGCAAGAGAGCCAUGUCGCCGAGACUGGUUUCAACUACCACCUCAUCUCCGUCUUUGGCUCGCAGUCGACGGGGAAAUCCACCCUCCUCAACAACCUGUUCGGUACCCAGUUCAGUAUCAUGUCCGAGUCGGAAAGACGGCAGACGACGAAGGGCAUAUGGAUGUCGAAGAAUAAGAAGGAGGUCGCGGGCUCUGGCGCCACCAGGAUGGCCGAGAACAUCCUCGUCAUGGACGUGGAGGGCACCGACGGCCGGGAACGCGGAGAGGACCAGGACUUCGAGCGGAAGAGCGCCCUCUUCGCCCUCGCGACCAGCGAGGUUCUCAUAGUCAACAUCUGGGAGCACCAGGUUGGCCUGUACCAAGGUGCCAACAUGGGCCUGUUGAAGACCGUCUUUGAGGUGAACCUGCAGUUGUUCCUCAAGGACAAACAGUCGAACACGAGAUCUCUCUUAUUCUUCGUCAUUCGCGAUCACAUCGGCACGACGCCACUCUCGAACCUGCGCAAUACCCUGCUCCAAGACCUGACCAAGAUUUGGGCGUCCAUCUCCAAACCCCAGGGGCUCGAAAACUCCAAAAUCGAAGACUACUUCGACUUCGCCUUUGCCGCUCUCCCCCACAAGAUCCUACAGCCGGACAAGUUUGUGCAGGAGGUUGAGAAUCUCGGCGCGCGCUUCACCGCCGGACACCGCUCGACCAAAGACCAGGAGUUCGUGGGGGGCGUCUUCCUCCCUGAAUACCACCGCCGCAUCCCUGCAGAUGGCCUAUCGGUAUACGCCGAGGGCGUCUGGGAUCAGAUCGUCCAUAACAAGGACCUCGACCUCCCCACCCAGCAAGAGUUGCUCGCGCAGUUCCGCUGCGACGAGAUCUCGCGGGAAGUCCUCAACGGGUUCGACGAGGUCAUCACCCCUCUCGAGGAGCAGCAGGCAGAAGCAGCCCGGCUCGGGAAGCCGUCCGUCCUGCCCGACCUCGGAACCACCGGGGCCGGGGCGCGCGACAAGUGCAUGAAAGCCUUCGAGGUCCAGGCGAGCAGGUAUCACAAGGGCGUCUACGCCAGGAAGCGCGCCGAGCUGGAGGGCAAGAUGGACACGCGGCUCAAGGCGCUCUACCAGGGGCAGCUGUCGGCGGCCCACAAGGCCGGCGUCGCCGCCUUCAGCGACGCCGUCACGAACGCCGUCAAGGCCGGCCAGAAGUCGGGCGGGUCCUACGAGUUCGCCGAGAUCGUGGACAAGCAGAAGAGGAAGACGCUCGAGAUCUUCAAGAAGGAGGCGCAGAGUCUGGCCAUCGAGGGUGUGGCGUGGUCGAAUUUCAAGUCGCUGUACAUCCUGUUCGAGAAGGAGCUGGACGAGGUCAGUGCGCGCCUUAGAAAGGAGGAGAUGCGCCGGUUGGCCGUCCGUGUCGAGCGCUGGGUCAGGUCUCGCCUUGGGGAUGCUGUUGGACUUGAGUUCACCAAGCUGGGAUCCGGUAGGAACGGAACCAGCACGCCCGAGACGGGAGACAGCCCCCCACCCGCCGAGAAGGAUCUGUGGGAUCGUAUCUGGAGCGCCUUUGUUGCCAUUGUGAAGGAGGCCGAGGAGAGGUUUGCCGACAGGGCAAAGAGCUUCGAGGCCAACGAGGAGGAAGUGGUGGUGGGCCUCUGGCGGUUGCGGCGCAAGAGCUGGGUGGCGCUGAGGGAUAAAAUUGAGGAGGAGGUCAUGGAAGGGAAUAUACUUUCCAAGCUGCGGGAGAACUUCGAGGACAAGUUCCGGUAUGACGAGGCCGGUGUUCCCAGGAUCUGGCGCCCGACAGAUGACAUCGAAGGCAUCUACACGCGGGCCCGCGAGUCGACCCUCACCCUCAUCCCCCUGCUGUCAAGGUUCAGACUGUCCGAGACGUAUGCUCCGCCGGAUCUCGCGGGCUGGGUCGGCCUUCAACCGGCCGGCGCCGAGCCCGAGGACGAGGACGAUCUCGCUCCCAUUGGCGGUGUCGACGAGGAAGACGGCAAGAGCCUCGAAGAGGAGAUGACCGUCUUGAGCGAAAGCAAGCGCCAGGACCUUGUUGUGAGGUUCAAGAAGACAGCCGACGGCGUUUACGUCGAGGCCAAGAGAAGCGCGAUCGGUGGGAUCACCCAAGUACCACUGUAUUUCUAUGCGAUUCUCCUGGUACUUGGGUGGAACGAAAUCGUCAUGGUGAUACGGAACCCGGUCCUCUUCGUCCUCAUCCUUCUCCUUGGGGCUGGAGCAUAUAUCGCAUUCACCCUGAACCUGCUCGGACCGAUGAUGCAGAUGACGAAUGCAGCCACGCAGCAGGCGGUCGAGAUUGGAAAACAGCGACUCCGAGACUUCUUGGAGAACUCGGAGACCGCCAGGCAGGCACUCGCGAUGCCGGAGAGGGAGAGGGGGCGCGACGACUCGGUCAGAUUGGAUGACUUGGACAGCCGGGGGAAGAGACAGGGGCAAGCAGCGCAUGAAGACGAUGAUAUCUAGAUUUUUGACACCUUGAUACAUUAGGUCGGUUUAUAUAUAUACAGGUAUGAGGACUGCUGUGAUGGGGGUGGGGACCCCAACUGGCGCAGGAUACGGUAUUUGUUCCUCAGGUUCAUGGCCGACGCCCUACUCCGCCCAUAAUGCAAUAGUAAUGUUUACAAAUUCCGAGGCACAUCCAAUC